UCGGAUGUGGUCACAUGUUUGACCAGGAAGUAGUUUCAAAGCAAAACUUGACCUCAAACGCGAAAAGAGGCAUUAUAAGCGCAUGUGGUAGUACACCAAAAUAAUUUAAAUACAUGUUUUUAUUUAAAUGUAAUGAGAAAUAAAGUAGUUUAUUGUGGAGAUGGACCCUACUCUGUCGUAUUGGAAAAGUCAUGGCCAGUCUUUUUUCAGCCGGGUCAAGACCUGGAUAAAUCUCCUUGAACCAGUUAACUUGUUCUCUUCUAAGGAUGAAAUAGAGAAGGCUUAUUCCCUUCUUGGAAAUAAAGAGGAAAGUGAAAAGGAUGCAGCUGCUGUGAACCUCGCUAUAUCAUCUGUUCAUGCUGAUACUGGAACUGUUCUGCCUUUGUUGCUCCGCCCUCCAGCAUAUUUAACCAUAUUAGGACCUAUGGCCUUUGUCAGUUUUUUACCUCACAUGGCUGUAAAACCAGCUCUGUUUUGGCAGUUUCAUUUGCAGAGUUACAAUGCGGGGUUUACCUUUGCAAACAGAAAUUCUUCAGCAGAGCUGGAAAUGAGAAAUCAGGAUAUGAAGACAAAGUUCUUAAAGCAUCUGCUGAUGUUCACUGGAACUGUGUCCCUCACAACUGUUGCAGGGGCCCUUCCUCAAAUUAUUAUCAACCGGCUCCAAAUAAAAGAUACAGUACUCCUAGCUGUCUCAAGGAACCUUUUACCUGUCCCACUGUCAGCUGUGCUGGCUGCUUUCAGUGUUUACACCAUUAGAAAUGAGGAGAGGGAAACAGGGGUCCGAGUGUUUGACUCCAAUGGACGUCUAGUUGGGGUUUCUCAAGCUGCAGGAAAAAAGGCUGUGAGGGAAACGGCAUUGUCCAGAGGAGCUCUGUUUGGCACCUCUUUUACUGUUCCUCAUCUACUGCUGCUCCUAUUACGAAGAACAAGCUUUUUCCAGGGGAACUCUUUUCUUUUUGCUCCUGUUCGUAACAUGUCUUUUGUGUUGGUUCUGAGUCUGAUGAUCCCAGUAUCUUUUAGUCUCUUUCCUCAACUGGGAACGAUAUCAAGGGACAGGUUGGAGAAGGAGCUACAAGCUGCUGCAGUGGACGGACAACUGUUCUAUCACAGAGGACUCUGAAGAGAACAUUCUUUGUAAAUGCAACUAAUUUGAAGAAAAACACCCCACAGUCAACAGAAAUGUAUGGCAUGAAAAUUUAAUUAUGAUUCAGAACAUUUUUAAUCAUACACCUGUUGCUUAAAAUGUAAUUUAGUUUGAAUGUCAAUGUCAAAAUACAUUUGAGCACAUCCGUGUAUUGCACUGCGACACAUUUACUGUACAUACUGAAGCAGAAAGCUGUCCUCUUGUCAAUAUUGGACGAAAGGAAGGAUUGACACACAUACAAUACUAAUUAUAGAUUCAGUCAUGUCAAGUCAUGAAACAUCAUGUAAAGGCAGAGGUUUUUUUAAUUCAGUUCUGAGAUUAAGGUCAUGGAUUAAAUACAAAAUAACUUACAUUUCUGUUGCCGUUUCAAUGUUUUUCAUGUCCGACUGAUUCCUUAAAGCGACGCGUCUGAGAGUCAAAGGAAGUUCACAUUUGUAUUUCUGUCAUCUGUGACAGUAUUACUAAAGCUGCAUUAACACUCCAGUACUUCUAAUGUAAUAUCAUUACUGUUAAAUUAUAGCUGAAAUAACUA